CGAUGCUGUCUCUCUGGCGAAUAAACGUACGAAGGCAGUGGAUAUUUCUGGUGGGUUAUGUGCCUGACUACCCCUAUCCGCAAGGGCUGGAUAUAGGUACUAUUAUAUACAUUUAGGAGACUGAGAUUCGCGACGCGCCGACGAAUUCAUUUCAUUAUUUCUAUUAUACCAGUUCCCGAACAUGUCGCCCUCCAGAUCUGAGAUAAUAAGGAGCCACCCGAUCGGGGGCCGGCUAGAGGAAUACCACGAGUUAUAUAACAUAUGCCAUUAUCAAAACGAAAUCGAUCCUUUGCUUCAGAGAGAAGCCGAUGAUGGUACCAAGAAUAAGUUACUGGAUUUUCUGAUGGCAGUGCAAGCUUUACCUGCUUGCCGCAUAUUGUCUUCUUCUCGGGGAAGCGGAACCCUUUUCGGUGAUAUUUCGAGGAUUACUUCUACUAUCGAUUCAGGCCAGGCUCAAUUUGACCGCCUCCUUCCCCUGUUGAAAGCAGUCCACAACAAAGAGCCCGAUGAAAUCAUAUGGGAUAAGGUCUACGAGGCCGUCACUGAACCAACUCCUGCCCCCCGUCCGUUGUGCUCUUUCCAGACGCCCUUGAUUCGAAAUACAGGCAGCGUCGCCAACUCGAGCGAGCUGCGAUCCAACAUGGACACCGUGCUAAGGGAGGAGCUAGACAUGUAUGUUGAUAUACCGAAGUUCUACGACACCUUCUUUGGAUAUAUCCAGACGAUCGCGCAGGCAGUCUUUGAGAGCUGCAAGGAGGGAGAGGAACCGCUAUUCCGCGAGGGAACUGGCUGGACCGGAUGGCCCGAGGGUGCAAAGGAGGCGUCUGUGUUUGCCUGGCUGUCGGGGGCCAUCGACAAGAUGAUACAAUUCUACGAGGAGCAUGCGCCCGGCGAGGCGAUUCGAAGGCGGCCUCUGGCGCAGCCUCACAAGCCACUAAAGGGCUCUACGGCUAAGCGGACGCUGGACAUCGGCUUCAUGGAUGGUACUGAACCCCUCGAGGACGGCAAGUAUGGGUGGUCACAGAUCCUCGUCCCCGGAGAGCUGAAGAACAACCCGGAGUACGAAACCCAGUCCAGGCAGGACAUGGGCAGAUAUGCGAGGGAAGUGCUUGCCGCGCAGGACUCCCGCCGCUUCGUGCUAGGCUUCACGCUCUGCGGGUCGCUCAUGAGGCUGUGGCUCUUUGACCGUCUGGGAGGGAUCGCGUCGGAGAAGUUCGACAUCCACGAGGAGGGCCUUCGAUUCGUCUCGGUCAUGCUCGGGUAUCUGCUGAUGAGCGAGGAGCAGCUUGGAUUCGAUCCGACGAUCGUCACCAACGCCGAUGGCUCGCGGUACUUUAAAAUCGAACGGAACGGCGAGGAAGAGCGUCUUAUUAUCGAUGAAGUAAUAGGGCGCGCACGUUGCGUUGCCGGACGAGCCACAACCUGCUGGAAGGUACAUCGCGAUGGAGACGAAUCCCGAACCCCCCUGGUGAUCAAGGGCUCAUGGCAGUACCCCGAGCGCGACGACGAAGGGGAGCUGCUACGUGAGGCCACGGAGAAGGGGGUGGUCAACGUCGCAAGAUACUUCUACCAUGCGACGGUCCAGGUGGAGGGUCGAGACUACGACAUCCGCGACGGGGUGAGGAGGGGGCUAGACAUCACAGCGGCAAGCAACUACAACCACGCUGGCUCCAGGCCUCCGCUGAGCAGAAGCGGGUCUCGCAAGGGGAAAAGCCGCCGGGCCGCCAGUCGGAAACGCUCCUCUACGUGUGUCGAGCCGUCGCUGCCGCCCAGCAAACGCCAGCAGUCCCAGCCUCCGUCCACCCCCAAUCGUGUCCAUCGUCGUGUCGUCGUUCGGGACUACGGCCAGCCAAUCUACAAGGCGAGCUCGAGGGUUGCCUUGCUGGCGGCGCUGGAAGGGUGCAUCGAAGGAUACGAGUCCCUUCAUCGGCAGGCUGGCAUGCUCCAGAGAGACAUCUCCCCCAACAACCUCAUGAUCAACGAAGACGAGGAGAGCGCGUCCUGGAAGGCGUUCAUCAUCGAUCUGGACCUUGCCAUCAAAGAAGACCGGGAAGAUGCUUCGGGGGCGCGAGGCAAGACCGGCACGCGGGCGUUUAUGGCGAUCGGAGUUCUUCUGGACGAACAGCAUUCCUUCAUGCACGACCUUGAGUCAUUCUUUUGGGUCUUGUUCUGGAUAUGCAUCCAUUAUGAGGGCCCCGAUAAAGCAAAUGUUGUCGAGGAAUUUGAAGACUGGAACUAUAUGAAUACUGAAACACUUGCUGGCGUAAAGAAAGGAGCUAUUGCUGAUGAGGGCGAUUUUCUCAAGUCCACGGCGGAACACUUUACGGAGUACUACCAGCCACUGGUGCCUUGGGUCAACCGGCUGCGGCGAGUCGUAUUUCCCAACGGCGGAAGGUGGAAAACGCCUAAUAAAGAUCUGUAUUCUGCCGUGAGGGAAAUCCUUCGAAACGCCCAGGAGGACCCUAAUGUUAUUGGGUUGAACUGAGUUCUUAUUUCACCCGAGGCGUUGGAGUUUAUCGAGUUCCCAUACGAGCCUGAGGAAUGUUUUGGGUUCCGUAUAGCUUAGAUGGCGGCCUGGUUGUCUUGUAAAGAUUUGCGUAUUUUCUGGGAGCGAUAUUAGAUAUAUGUACGUCAAGUGCUAUUUGUGCGGUUGGCGUUUCUCGAGCCGGUCAAGCCGCACCUUGUAUUUUGUGUUCCAAAGAUGCCUGAGAAACGGUCAAGCAGGCUUUGUGUAUCAUUCCUCCCAUUGUUGCCCUCGAUUACUGCUAUGUUAGCGUGUAGCGGGGAUGUCUUGUAUACGCAUAGUGGCUUCCGGCACUAUCUAUUCGAGUUGUUGCUGUAUCGGGAGUAAAUAUGCUUCCACAUCUAUUCAGCUCUGGUCAAACCCUGCGAUUAACUGUGGGGAGGGGGGGUUCGACCACUGGGUUGAUGUAACGAUACCCGCGUCUAUCGCAGUGAUGAUAGAUGAUACGAGGUCAUCGAUACUUCCCUUAUUAUCAAGUUCCGAGGAAUCAUAGGCCAAGAGGAGAUAUCUCUCGAUGGUUUUGCGGAGUAACUCCACGUUCGUGUUUGCCUAUAUACGUUUUCUAUUUGGAAUUGCAGGUUGCCACCUCCAGUCGAUGGCCACGGCGAUAGAGAGGUAGUCAGAGUUAUUAGUAUUAACUAGUAAUUAAUUA